AUGAUCAAGAUUUGGAGCAUGAAGAAGAACGAGGAUGCGGCGGCGAAGAAGAAACCCAAGACUAGUGCUGCUCAGAUUCGGGUGCAGAAAGACCUCACGGAACUCGAACUAUCGUCCACAAUGAAGACACAUUUCCCCGAUCCCACUGAUAUCCUCAACUUCACUCUCACCAUCACUCCCGAUGAAGGCAUGUACAAGGGCGGUGCAUUUGUGUUCUCCGUCAAUAUCAACACAAACUACCCUCACGAACCACCAAAGGUCAAGUGCACACAAACGAUUUAUCAUCCAAAUGUUGACCUUGAAGGGAAUGUGUGCUUGAACAUUCUCCGCGAGGACUGGAAACCAGUGCUCAAUCUGAACUCCGUCUUAGUCGGGCUUCAGUACCUUUUCCUCGAACCUAAUGCGGAUGAUCCACUUAACAAGGAGGCGGCGGAGGAGCUGCGGAAGAAUCGAGAUCAGUUCGUCUACAACGUCAAGAAUUCUAUGCGCGGAGGGGUGAUCAAGGGUGUACAAUACGACAAGGUACUUGUAUAA